UGUGAGCCUUUGUGUUUGUGUAAAUUCAGAGAAAAAUAACUCAAGCUUGUGAUUGAAAUAUUACACAAAUUUAUAAUUUAAAUAAAAUAGAAAGCAAGAUAAACGGUAUAAAAAUGCUGCCACAUAUAAGCGCUGAAGAGAACAUAUCACCCGUGGGUCGAAAAGUGUAUAUAAAUCCCAAUUUUCAUAAACAAUUCAACAGUUCAACAGCGCAGCUUCAAGGUCGACCAAAUAAUGUUGCUGAUAAUAAUGCGUUCCAGUCAUGGGAUCGUCCAGCAAUUCAUAUAAAUCCACAAUUUCUUCAGCGACAACGCGAAUUACAACUGCAGCAGCUACAACAACAGCAACAGGAACACCUGCUGCAACAGCAGCUGCUUCAGCAACAACAACAACAGCAGCAGCAACAGGAGCAACAGCUUAUUACGUAUUAUCAGCAAACUGUUGCUGCUGCUGCUGUUACUGAUAUGACGCCCCCUCCAGCGAAGAUUAUAAGCAAGGCCAGCACUUGCCUAGUGCGCAAGCAGCCAAUUAAGAAGACUGUGGUGCCCACACCAAUUGUACGCCCGCAACCACCUUUAGUUAGCAUAUCCAAGUUAAAACUAAUACGACAACCAACGACGACUAUAACAACAGCCACCGCUCCAACCGUUCCAGCUACCAAACGCACACAAUAUAAGCUUGUGCGUGCCAUUUCUUUGAACACCAAGAGCAGUACUCCACUGGUAAAGAAGCGACGCAGUCGCGACUUUGUUGCGCGCUACGCCUUAAGACGCACAAAUGAUGCAGUAACUGGCAAAAAACUGAGCUUAAAAUCCCCUAUAUUAAAGCUAAGCGUGAAUAAGAGCUUGAGCAUGGUCAGCAUACAUGGUGUUAUGUACAAAAAGACGGCGAAGAAUAAGCUAACCAAACUGGAUGCCAACAGAUUGUUGCCCAAGACAGCCAUGCCACAGCCUCAACAACAGCAGAAAGCAACCAGCUCUACAGGUCGCACAUUGUUCGUGCGCGGUACCAAGUUUGUGCUCGAUCCCUCCGGUUGUCGUUUGACUCGCGUGCCCGUCAACGCACCUCAACUGAGUGUCAAUAGAAAUCUACGUUUGCGCAUCGACAUUGGUGGCUUGACCUAUGUGUCGUCGGCCAAGACUCAGAACGUUUUCAUACGCACCACGAAUCAUGUAUCGCGUGCCCAUCUCAUGACAGCCAAGCAGCGUAGCAUGCAGCUCCUGAAUCGCUCUCUUGUCAAGACUAAUGUGCCCUGUGCCAUCUUUCAGCGACUUGGCAAAUGUGCGGCUCACAGUCGCGGCAAGUGUAGACGAUUGCAUGAUAAACGACAAGUGGCCAUCUGCUCAAGAUUCUUGCGUGGUGAGUGCAAGAAGGAGGACUGUCUGUUGUCGCACAAUGUGACGCUAGAGAAGAUGCCCGUGUGUCGUUAUUAUUUGCGUGGUGUUUGCGUGCGCGAGGAUUGUCCAUAUCUGCAUAAGAAACUCAGUCACAAGGCGGAGAUAUGCAUUGACUUUUUACGUGGCUAUUGCGCACGAGCGGCUGAUUGCAAUAUGCGUCAUGAAUUCGUAUGUCCCGAAUUUGCUCGCAAGGGCAAAUGCGAGCUGCCCAAUUGCAACUAUUGCAAACAGAUGAAGCAACAAAAGUUGACGACCGUCAAGAGCAAAGCGAUAGUUAAACCUAAACCUAAAGCAACCGUCCAAAAGAAGCCAGUUGCUAAAGAUAUGCAUAUAGAUGAGACGCCCAGCAGUUCACGGUACUUUAAAUGUGAUAGUGAUAAGUAUGAGGUGCUACCCGAGGAACAGCAGCAGCAGCCGAAUGAUUUGGAUGAUGGUGAUGAUGAGGAAACAACAUCAGGUGCCCUCGGUGGUCCACGGCAGCGAAUUAAGCUGGGAACUUUGCCGGCAUUUAUUCCACUUGGCGACAGCGAGGAGCAAACCAAAUGACUGCCUAGGACACAAAAUGUUUCAGGUACAAAUUAAAUCAUUAAGUAGGUAAUAUUUAGUUUUGCAUAAGUUUUAAUUUCUUUAGUAUUUAGGUUGAGAAAUUAGUACUUUCAAAUAAAGUUCCGCUAUAUUCAA